AUGACUGGCCGUGAAUGGGUAACUGAUCCUGACGAAUAUGUGUGCACGCUCUCUGACGAAACACAAACCAUAGCCAAAAAUGAACUGCGGGAAGAUGAGCAUAUCCGACGAUCCGCAUUAGCUUCUAUGCGAGAAUGGAUUAUGCAAAAUUCCAGGAUAAAGAACUGUCGAAUGGAUUCAAAUUUUUUGUUACGGUUUCUGCGCUUUAAAAAAUUUCAUGUAACCCUCGCGCAGGAAGCCCUAGAAAGGUAUAUUCUUUUGAGGCAGACAUUUGGAGUGGCAUUCAAUUGUUUGGAUAUUACGAUACCCAUGAUGGAAGAACUAACUAAUCGAGGAUAUUUAUUUGCUUCUCCUAAGCGCGACAGCAAAGGAAGAAGGGUGGUAAUCGCCCGACCUGGUGUUUUCGAUCUUGACAAAUUUACAAAUGCCGAUAUGUGUCGUAUUCAUGGAAUCGUAUAUGAAACACUUAUGGAGGACGAAGAAAAUCAAAUUCGAGGUUUUGUCCACUUCGCUGACGGACAAGGAGUUGGUUUUGCAUACCUCACACUGUUCACUAUCAAAGAAGCUGUCCGCAUAGUUAAAAACGGAGAGAAAACGUUACCAAUGAGGCACAAGGAAGUUCAUGGUAUAAAUACUCUUGCUUCUAUGAAAUUUGCUCUUGAUUUUGGAAUGUCCUUAAUUUCCGACAAAAUUAAAAGCAGAGUAAGGCUUUAUACAAACUUAGACGAGGCUUUAGGAAGUGGAUAUUUGGAACGAGAUGUUUUGCCAAAAGAGUAUGGAGGUACUAUGCCAAUGGACGAAAUGAUUGUGCUAUGGAAAGAAGAGUUAAAAAGGUCGCAUCCAAUCUUGAUGUCCCAUGACAAAAUGGAAGUUGAAGAAGAUCUCUUUAGUCCUAAGGCUCGUGAAGGAGCAGUGUCUGCAUUAAAACGAAAUAACGUAUCAUGUGGUUCAGAACGCGAUUCCUUAUGUGGAGUGACAGGAAAUUUCAGAAAAUUAGAAGUUGACUAAUAUCGUCCUAAACAUCGUGUACUUACAUGAAAAUAUUA